CUGCCAUCUGUUGCACGACUCUGCCUCAUCGUGCUAGCAGUCGAUGGGCUCGCGCAGCCGCUCGCGCAAGCAGCCAUGGACGGACCCACGAUGAUGAUGCACUUCAGAGAGAUGCUGCGCUCCGGGAUCAAGGAGCCGAUGGCGAAUGAUUUCGCGGACGUGAAGACGUCCAUCGAUAAUGUGCACAGGGACGUCGAAAGGCACGAGGGGCGCCUCAACAACAUGGAGCAGGAGAUCAAGGACUUACGAGAGGGACGAUGGGCGGCUCCCUCAUCCACGGCGGCUUCCUCGGUCGGGCAUCCGCUGCCCUUCUCGGGGGUCGAGAGCACGGCGGCGCAGCCGUCCGUGUCGGGGCCGAAGAGGGCGCACGACAAGAUUUGCGUGAUUAUUGGUGGUUGGGAUCGGGGCGCACCCCGCGACACCAUCCUGAACGAAGCUCGUGCGUUUACCGACGCCAUUCCCGACAAAGCAGAGGAUGGGGUGUUCGCCCCGCUCAAACGCGCCAGUUUCCUGAAGGUCCGUUUUACGAGUUCGGGGCGCAUGUGGGCUUGGGUACGCUCGAUGAAAGGGAAGCAGAUAAUUAUGCCGCAGCCACAUCACCUGGGUCGUCGCUUUUGGUUCUCUGUGGAGAAGUCAUCGGAGGAAAUUCGGUUGUCAAUGAUAAUUUCACGUGCGAAGAAGGAGCUGACCGACAACCUAGGCGCGCAGGCAGCGGACCUCGAGCUAGACUACAUUCGAGGCAUCAUCUGGUGGAAGCAGCACAGGCUCGGCGAGAUGGCGAGGACCACGGGCCUCAUGAGCUUCAAGGAGCACGUCGCGGCCGAUAUCAGCGCCCACACGGGCGUGCACUUCAGCCUGGUCGAGCCCCAGGAGUCCGAGGAGCAGAUGUGCUUCAAGCUCAUCAGCUGGAACGCUCAGGGCGUUGCGAAGCACAGCGCCGAGUACGUCGCGGCGACGCCGCGCGAGCAGCACGACUACGACGUGGGCGACCUCUACCUGGUCACACCGCGGGCCGAGGGGCAAAAGCAGAUGGGGCUGCUGGUCCGCUCUCGGGCUCGGCGCUCCCUCACUCAGUGCGCGGAUUCCAUGGAGGCGCUCUCCGACCUGAUCAUGAUGGCACCGCCUGGGGCGCACCCGAUCGCGGGCGCGGGCGCGCAGACGGCCUCGCCCCCGCCGCAGGCGGACGAGGAGCGCUGGAUUGGGGACUUCCCAGUCGGCCAGCGCACACGCCGCGCCGAAAUUCCGACGAGACUUCUCAUGCAGCACGACCUGGCGGCGACGAAAACGUUCACCGCGGCGGCCAGCGGACCCACCUGCCACUACGAUUUCAAGCACCCGCCAGCCCAGAUCGACUAUGUCCUGACACCUGCUCGCGACAUCUGGAAGGUCAGCGCCACGCUCGAGGAGAUCACCGACAGCGCGCAAUCCGACCACUCGGCCAUCAAGCUGGAGUUCACCCUCGGCACCAUGAGGCGCUACAUCUGGAAUGGAGGUCGCGCGCCUAUGAAGGGCUGGACCUGCCUCGACAACCGCUCCCACCGCUGGAGCCACAGCGCCUGCUGCGCCGACCGCAACCCAGCGCCGAUCACUUCCAUGGCGGACGCUGCAUACCUGGCCGCCGCUGCCCGUGGCAGGGGCCCGCCUGCGAGGAAGGUCCCCAAGCUCCCCGAGGGCCGCGAGCUCACGCAGACGCUGCGAGUGUUAGGGGUGCGUCGGCGGAUCACCCGCGACCGCGUGCAGCGCGCGAUCUACAGCAAGGAUAUCAUCCGGAUUCGCAGGAUGGUCUGGACCGCGAACAGGGCCCUGCAGCACUGCCUACACGAGGACGACCCGCUGAGGAUCAAGGAGCUCCUGGAACUCGAGCACGGCAACACCUUCAGGGCCAGCGACGGGGAGGAGCCCGUCGGGGCCUCUACCUACCCCACCCACUGCACGACGGAGGAUGCACUCGAUACCCCGCCCUUCUCGCCCGAGAUGCUCCGCGAGGCUCCGUGCGACAUGAAGGCCACGAAGGCUCCCGGCGUGGACGGGGUGGUCGCCGAGGUCCUGCAGGACCUCGACUCGGGCUUCCUCGCCUCGCUCGCGGCCGUCUUCGAGAACCCACGCGGCUGGCACGCGCCCCCCUCGGGUCUGACCUGGGGCACGACGGCGCUGGACCACGAGUUCGGCGACUACCAGAUGAGGGUCGAGGAUGGCGCCCUGACGCGCACGCCUCGUGAAGAGGGUCGUCCUUGCCUCGGCUCAGUUUGCACCGUCGAUGGAAGGUCUUGGAAGGACACGCAGCACAGGGUAGCUCGCGCCUGGAGAGCCUUUUACGCUCUCAAGAUGUUUCUACCUGGACCCGCCGGCCUCUGGCAGCAGGCCACGAAACUGUUCGAGCGAGCCAUCAAACCUGUCGUGCUCUACGGGUCGGAAUCGCGGUGCCCCGCGGUCAAG